AUGGGUGUUGGAUGUCGAAGAAUAAAAUUGUUGGGAAUCCUGAUGAUGGUAAAUGUCUUCAUUUAUUUGAUUGUGGAAGUCUCCAAAAGCAAUAGCCAAGAAAAAAAUGGAAAAGGAGAAGUAAUAAUACCCAAAGAAAAGUUCUGGAAGAUAUCUGACCCUCCCAAGGCAUACUGGAACAGGGAACAAGAAAAGCUGAACAGGAAGUACAAUCCCAUUUUGAACAUGUUAGCUAACCAGACAGGGGAAGCAUACGGAUUUUCCAACAUAAGCCAUCUGAAUUAUUGUGAACCUGACCUGAGGGUCACGUCAGUAGUUUCAGGUUUUGACAGUUUGCCAGACAGAUUUAAAGACUUUCUGUUGUAUUUGAGAUGUCGAAAUUAUUCACUGCUUAUAGAUCAACCCGAUAAGUGUGCAAAGAAGCCCUUCUUAUUGCUGGCGAUUAAGUCCCUUCCUUCACAUUUCGACAGAAGGCAAGCGAUUCGGGAAUCUUGGGGCAAAGAAACCAAUAUGGGGAACCAAACAGUGGUGCGAGUCUUCUCACUGGGCCAGACCCCCGCAGAGGACAACCAUCCUGACCUCUCAGAUAUGCUGAAAUUUGAGAGUCAGAAGCAACAUGACAUUCUUAUGUGGAACUACAGAGACACCUUCUUCAACUUAUCUCUGAAAGAAGUACUCUUUCUCAGGUGGGUGAGCACUUCCUGCCCAAAUGCUGAGUUCGUGUUCAAGGGUGAUGAUGAUGUUUUUGUGAACACCCAUCACGUCCUGAAUUACUUGAAUAGCUUAUCCAAGAACAAAGCCAAAGAUUUGUUUAUAGGUGAUGUGAUUCACAAUGCUGGACCUCAUCGGGAUAAGAAACUCAAGUACUACAUCCCGGAAGUUGUUUACACUGGCGUCUACCUGCCUUAUGCAGGGGGAGGUGGAUUCCUGUACUCCGGCCACCUGGCCCUGAGGCUAUACAAUGUAACUGACCAGGUCCUUCUCUACCCCAUCCAUGACGUUUAUACUGGAAUGUGCCUUCAGAAACUUGAACUCGUUCCAGAGAAACACAAAGGCUUCAGGACAUUUGAUAUGGAAGAGAAAAACAGGAAUAACAUUUGUUCUUAUGUAGGUUUGAUGUUGGUACAUAGUAGAAAACCUCAAGAGAUGAUUGAUAUUUGGUCUCGGUUGCAAAAUGCUCAUUUAAGUUGCUAAAUUAUGUACAAAACUAAAUUUUGCAUAGAAAGAUGUAUCUCAAAUAGUUCCCAUGUUGUGUUCUCUCACAUUAGAGGUAAUUUCUAUGUAAAACCA